AUGGAAGAAUGCCUGCAGUCAUUAAAGGACAUCGACACUUUAGUUACGGAGGAGCCACAUUACCUGAGUGAGCAGCUUCAUGUUCUCAACAAUAAAAGAUUGCAGGAUUAUUCUGUUACUGUAGCGCAAUACUAUGACCUAACUCCAUCUAAGAAAAGUAAUGUUCGAGUCAACGACGAGAUAAUUCCCAAGCCAACUGAUAUCAAUGUUGGUGAGAAACAAAUUAAGGUCUCCAUCAGGAGAGAAAACCCAUACCAGUCACACAUACCUUAUUGUGCCAUGUUCCCCACGUUUCACUGCCCAGAUGACCCAGACACAGGCGUGCGGGCUGCAUCCAAACUCCCCAUCAAUCCUCUACUACCAGCUAAUGCUCCUCAGGUUACUCUGCUCAGCAAAAGUAAAGGUUCACCUUAUCGUCAUGAGCUAAUUGAAAUUCCCAUGGAAACCAGCCGGGAAUCUGCAACAUGGCCGGGACAAAAUGGCUACCAAAAUUACAUUAAACCUGUAAAAGGAAAGACACAGGUGUUUUACCCCAAGGCUCCAAAAACAUUGUGUCCAAAUCUGACACUGCGAAACUGGAAACACACGCUGCUCGAGCGGACUGCCAAUGCACUGCGCAACAUAGAGAAGUCCCAGUGGCUCACAUCAUAUCAGCUCCACUUCACAGGCACCGGGCCCACUAACCCUAUAAAACUGGAUGACUUUAACGAGAAGACAAUCACCUUGAUUACAGGAGAAAUGAACCCUUAUACAGCACAGCUGAGGGAGCGAUCUUGUCCUGUUUUCCUGCCCCCUCGACCGCUUGAAGGACGCAAGGCCAGGAUCCUGCAGAACCAACGUCAUCUGGAGAACCCAUGCCCGCUGUUCUCGUCUUCCUUUUUCCCAGAGCCUCCAGACACAGGCAUGUUUUUUACACAAACACAUGGACCCCUGGAGGCUAUUGCUAACACUACGCAGCAUAAACCAUAUAGCACAAGUCUCAAGGAUGAAAUGUUCAGAUGGAACCAGGUUAACGAAUCAAGUCAAACAUGUCAGGUGGUAUUUAACAACACUACCUGUAUGUGUGACGUGUGCUGCCAAAGAAAUUGUGUCUGCAAGCUAUCUGAGUCAGAUGUCACUAAACCGCAUACAAGCAUGAACAAACCUGCAGUGACAGUGAAUGACAGAGGGAAUAUCAAUCUGGAACCGGGUUUUGCACCAAACACAUUACAGGCUGUGCUGCAAGAGACAGAAAUGAACCAGAGAGAUUUGUCCAAUAGCAGAACCCAGAAUGAUGUAAAAAAUAACCCUUUUGAGCUUAAGUGCACAGCACCACCCAGUGCAGAAGAAACAAACAGGCAUGUACGCUUUGAGCAAACAGUGAAUGACUUUGAAAAGGAAGAGAAAACAAAGUGUGGUUCUUGUACUAGUCCCUCCAUCCAUCCACGCUUCUCUAGAGGCAGCUUUGGAUAUGGAAUAAAGAGAAACAGCAGGGAUUUGGAGUCUGAUCUGCUGGAGCUUCAAGACUCUUUUAGCCAGACAAAAGCCCACCGAAUCUUCCAUGAGUCUCUGCAGGAUGCCACUGUGGACCUCAGGGACAACCAUUACACUGGAAGAAAGCAUGUCUUCUAUGGCUUCAACUCUUACUAUUUUCACUGAAAACC